AUGGAAACCUUUAGCGACAGUGAAGUCGGCAGUGUCGCGUUGAAGGCAUGUGACCGUUGCAGGUUAAACAAGAAGAAAUGUGACAGACUGUUUCCCGGCUGCACGACUUGCAAGAAAAAACUUCUCAAGUGCAGCUAUGACGAGAACAGGACUCAACUUGAAAUCCGCGCGCUUCGGUCACAGCUGGAGCAUCUGUCCAAUCGCAACCGCAAGCUUUCACACCCGAUCUCACCUCAUCAAAUCGCAAUCGACCCCAUCGUGACAUAUCCAAUCCCGUCUCGAUGGUACAUGCCUUUCUUGGUAAAUCACUACCAUGAGAUGCAAUUUCCGAGCUUUACUCGAAAAGGUAGCCUUGAUACCGACGAAGUGUCCAAAAAGCAAUGGAUGCAGGCAUUACUGUCUGACCCAUGCAUUUUCCAUGGUAUUUUGUUUGCUGCAUCAUCCCAUCUCGAUGUGCUCCGUGGCGAGGUUGACAACCCUGUCACCGAAUAUCACCGACGACAUGCAGUAAAACUUCUUCUUGAUCAUAUUUCAUCAUCAGAGCGGGUAUCUGUCACCGCAGUUGCUACGGCCACCUACCUCUGGCACUACGAGGUACGGAUCUUCAUCCAACGUUGGAGCGAAGCUGACUUGGCAAAGGCCAUGAGUUCCAACACAAUGGAAGGAAAGAUCCACAAGCAGGGCCUUCAACAGAUGGUCAAAGGGAAUGGCGGGCUAAGCACAAUACGUCUCUGUGGUGAUCGGCUGUCUAAUUUAAUUAUGCUGAUCGACAUUGGGGAUUCUAUCCUUAAUGCUUCCAGCCCGGUGUUCUGCGUCGACGAACAAUCUCAGCAUUACGAUGCGCCCAUAUCUCUCGUUUCCACGGUUUUAUGCCAAUCUGAGAGAGCACUACACGAAAGCGGAAUUGCUGAGCCAUUAAUAUCCCUACUCAGGAGAGUCCACAAUGCGACCUUGGAUUUCGAGUAUGAACCUUCAGCACAACCUGUAGAAGAAAGUAUUGUGAUUAGCGAGCCUGGGGUGGAGGGCAAAUUCUCGACGGCCGUCGUUCUUGCGGCAAUGAUUCAUCUUACCUCGUUUCAACGUCGGACUAGGUUCUCCAUUGACGACAAUCAAGACAGCGUGGAGAAGCUCCGUCUCUGCCUUUCCUCGCUUCCUCAGGGGAGCAAGUGCGAUAUUGAGAACGAGCUCUACGUAUUUCUAUGCUUUACCGGCGCUGCGGCGGCGAGAAAGAACAGGGCAUGGUUUCUAGCCAAAGCCGGGCCUGUGGUGAUGUCUCUCAACCAGAGCCAGCUUCACCAUUUCAAGAUGGCAAUUACGCGCUUUUGUAGAAUUCUGCAAACGCUAGAGGGCGCUCAAGGCGGGAAUAGUGAGGAUGAUUUAUAA